AUGAAAUCGACGCGUCAAAUUUACAGUUUGAGCCGGUCUGCUCGCUCGUACAUAUUCGGCUCUCAGCAUCUAGCCCCUUUGCUAUGUCGCAGUUACGCUGCAGCAGCACCGGCCACCACACCCAAGAAGAAAUCGGUGGACAAGAAGCCGGCGGAAAGUGAUUCCUUCGCGUUCAAUCUUUUCCGAGGAAAAGUCGCCCUGAGUCAAGUGCUUCCGUAUCCGGUGAAGCUGGAAGGAGAGAUGCAGGAACAUGUGCAAAUGAUCGUUCAACCGGCGGAAAAGUUUUUUUCGGAAAUCAAUGACGCAAUGGCGAACGAUGCCAAUGAAGCCGUGUCUCCGGAAUCGAUUGAGCAUUUGAAGAAUCUUGGCGCGUUUGGAAUGCUUGUGCCUGAAGAGUACGAGGGAGCUGGAUUGGGAAAUUUAGGGUAUGCCAGAAUGUCGCAGAUUAUCGGCGAAAACGAUUUAGGACUUGGUAUCUUCGUUGGCGCUCAUCAGAGUAUCGGUUAUAAGGGAAUACUUCUCUAUGGAACCAAGGAGCAGAAAGAAAAGUAUCUCCCGGAUGUUGCGACUGGCCGGAAGUACGCGGCGUUCUGUCUCACGGAACCCAGCAGCGGGAGUGACGCGAGUUCCAUCAGAUGCCGAGCUGUACCUGCAGCCGACGGAACCCACUGGGUUCUAAACGGCUCCAAAAUCUGGAUAUCGAAUGGUGGGAUUGCUGAAGUCAUGACAGUGUUCGCGCAAACCCCGGUGAAGGACCCUGCGACUGGUCAAACGAAAGACAAAAUCACUGCAUUUGUCGUGGAACGCGGUUUCGGCGGAGUUCGCAACGGACCACCGGAAAAGAAAAUGGGGAUCAAAGCCUCCAAUACCGCCGAGGUAUUCUUCGAAGACUGCAAGAUCCCGAAUGAAAAUGUGUUGGGCGAAGUCGGACAAGGCUUCAAAGUGGCAAUGAACAUCUUGAAUAAUGGUCGAUUCGGAAUGGCCACCACACUCGCUGGUACCAUGAAGCAUUGCAUCGGGAAAGCCGUGGACCACGCCACGAACCGGACGCAAUUUGGUUCGAAGAUCCACACUUACGGCGCCAUUCAAGAAAAGCUGGCGAGGAUGUGCAUGUUGCAGUAUGUGACCGAGACCAUGGGUUACCUGCUUGCUGCGAACAUGGACCGCGGUGUCUUGGAUUAUCAAGUCGAAGCCGCCAUCAGCAAAAUUUUUGCUUCGGAAGCUGCGUGGAACGUGACUGACGAUGCGAUUCAAAUCCUUGGUGGAAUGGGGUACAUGAAGGAAUGCGGAUUGGAGCGCGUCAUGAGGGAUUUGCGAAUUUUCAGAAUUUUUGAGGGCACCAACGACAUUUUGCGUCUCUUCGUGGCUCUGACUGGUAUGCAAUUCGCGGGUGGUCAUCUUAGGGAGCUGCAAAAGGCCCUACAAAACCCAGCAUCGAAUUUCGGUCUACUCUUGGGUGAAACAGCGAAGCGUGCCGGGAAAUACGUUGGAUUGGCCUCUGUCGACGGAACUCUUUCGGCCAACGUUCAUCCCAAUUUGGCGAAGCCUGCUCAGCUGGCGUCAAUGUCGAUUCAAGCGUUUGGAUAUUCCGUGGAAGAGAUGUUGGUGAGGCACGGAAAAAAUAUUGUUGAUCAGCAAUUCUUGUUGUGGAGAGUCGCUGAUGCCGCCAUUGACAUUUAUGGGAUGGUGGCGACGAUUGCUCGAGCCAGUAGAAGCCUGGACGCCAAUUCGUCCUCUGCUGUGAUGGAGGAGAAUAUCGUGAAACUGUGGUGUAACAUUGCUUCGGAAAGAGUGCAGCGAAACCUCAACGUUUUGAAAUCUGCAAAGGACGCAGAAAAUUUUUCCAUCAUGAGCCAGAUUUCCCAGGAAGUCUGUGAACUCAAAGGAAUUCCAGCGAGCCGAAACCCGUUGGGAUUUUAAUCGGGAUUGGAACAGCUUAUUUUGUCCAGAGUUCAUUUUGGGAUUUUCCUGGUCGUUUUUGUAUAUGGCCUUUUUAUUCCCGAGUGUAUUAUUUUAGUUUUUUCUUCCUUGGAGUAUCCGGGUCGAUAUUAUAGCACUACUCUGUUACCCAGAAGCCAAGGAGGAGGGAAACAUUCAGUUAUCCAGGAACGAUCAAUGCAAUUUGACUCGUGUGAUCUUUUGACCGUCGGAAUUUUAUUAUUUGCUAAUAUGCAAUACCAUUGUAGGCCAUCAUUUCUUUGGAUGUAGAAAUGAAAGAGCGGGUUUGGGUUUUGGUUUACA